AUGGUUGCGGCCGCCACGUCGGGGCUCGUCGUGCCCAUCCAGCGCGGUCGGAACGGUACGCUCGAGUGCCCCCAGCACCGCUGCACCUUUGAGACCGACGAGGUUGCGUCAUUGGCCGUGCACAUGGAGGCGCGCCACGAGCUUGGGAUUGCAAUCGGGGCGCCGAGCACCAUCGACGGCGAGCACGUGCGAGAGGCCCGAGUCCAGCACAUGCUUUCCGCGCACGAUGGCCGUCACUUGCUGCAUGCGAGCGACGCAAUGUCGCCGCACAGGAACCUUGCAUCCACGCAUGUUACAUCGUUGACGCAGCUGCCAUCGCCAGAGACCGACGGCGCCAUCAUGCCAACGGUCCAGAUAGCAAACUCCCCGACACACCGGCAAUCGAUGGAACCGACGCCCGCAAUGCCACUGCACCCGGACGAACCAACACCAGGCCGUGUCCCAACGACUUCGUCGCCGCGUCGUGUCGCUGUAGCCUUUCGAGCGACACAACUCACAGCAAUGGCCUUUAAGCUCACCUCCUCCGUUGUGCUCGGGCCCGUCGCAGCGACCGCGGAGGCUACAUCGAUCGCGCCCAUGACUCCUCCGUCACCGCGACCGCACGUCGUCUCUGCCGCAAGCUCCGACGAACUGUCCGCCGCCGAGCGCUCCAACACUUUGCGAGUGCGACAUGAGAACGAGGAGGCGGCAAUGACGUCAAGUGCGGCGACGUCCAGUGAUGCACCGGGGCACGAACCGAAUUCGAUCCCCGCCGCGUCGUGUACACCGCCUGUCGCCGCGUCGUCCGAGCACGACGUGCUGACAGCUGUGUCGUCACCAUCCAAGAUGCAAGGAGCGCCGUCUCACGUGCUAAGUGAGUUGGUUGUGGCGUCGCAGGGCGCGGACCUCGGUGGUGACGACAACCUUGAUAGCCACGAUGGUGACGACGGCCUCGACGUUGAAGAGAAGCCUCGACUCGCUGGUUUGGAUGCAGUGCCAUCGGUCCUUGACACGUCGUCCGAGCACGACGUGCUAGCGUUUACGCCGCCAGAGGAAGAGGCAGUGCAGCUCCAGACGCUCGACGAGUCGGUCCUAAAACUCUCGUCGCCGCCAUCGCCCGGCGCGGAUCCUGAUGACGGCGUCGACUAUCUCGAUGACGACGUCGACGACCACGACGAGCCUUGCGUCACUGCGUCCAUCGUUCAAGGGUCGGCCACUGACGCUCCGCCCGAGGCGAUGAUGACAAGUGGCACGUCACAAACACUGGCACACAAGGCGGUUGGCGAGGCAAUACCAUUGUCGCCGUUGGCCAAAGAUGGGGACUGCCCCGACUCGCCUCGAACGCCGGUACGGGCCUCGGCGCCAUUUACAAGCCUCGCAUACCGCCCAGAGACGCCCGAGACGCCGUCGCUGCCGCCGACGCCCGACGUCGCACCGACCCCAAGCCCCUUUCACAACCUGCGUCAUUCGGUGCGCCCGACACCGCCGCGCCGCCGCAGCUACCACUCGGACGACGACGACGACGACGACGAGCCGCUGCGGGGACGUGGACCGGCGCGGCGAUCGCUCGCGGGCCUGUCGUCGAGCGAGAGCUCCGCGUCGCCGCCGCGUCAGCGCCCGCUCGAGCCGUUCGAGUGUCCCGAGGCAACGUGCAACUACGAGCACGUCGACUUCGGCAUCUUCCAAUUUCACUGCUUCCGCGAACACGGCUUGCACAUUCGCGAGGAAUCGGACGACGAAGAGGAUGUCGUACUCGAGCAGCCGCCGCCGCCACCGCCAAUGCCGCAACAACGCUCUCUCAAGACGACCAAGGCUCCCGUCAAGCCGCGGGCCACGACGCCAGUCACCACACGAUUGCCGAGGAAGGUCAAGGCGCCGUCGCCGCCGUCGAGCCCGGACGUUGUCUUGGUUCGGCCGGUGAUUGCGCUGCACAAGAACGCGGCCGGCGAGUACUCGUGCCCGACGCCGACAUGCCCGUACAAGAAGACGACGUCGAUCUCCAACCUAAAAUCGCACUGCAAGGCCAAGCACGCGUACGAUGUGAAGAAGGCCGACGACGCGCCAUCGCUGCCGAAACGCGGGCGCAAGCGCCCGUUUGUCAACGCAACGCUCCUGGACAGCGACGGCCCAUCAUCGACCAAGUACAUCCGCUUCCUCGAGGCGCUCGAGCCUGGCCAAGAAGUGUAUUUCGACGUCACCUAG